AUGGGUUUGAUCAAGGCUUUUGCCUCGGCCUUUCCGAGUGCCGAAGUACACGGGUGUUUGUUUCACCUAGUUCAGAAUUUGAAGAAGAAGAUCAGAGAUCUGGGCCUGUUGGGUCGGUAUCGCAACGAAUCAAGCUUUUCGCUGAGCGCUCGCAUGAUCGUCGCCCUGGCUUUUGUACCGCUGGUCCACCUCGACAAUGCGAUUGCCGAGCUCGCGGUAGCUUUACCGGAGGAGCUGAUGCCGGCUCUCAAAUACUUCGAAGAUGUUUACGUGGGGUCGUUGCUCCGUACUUUACCCGAUGGCACCGUUAUUCGGAAACAGCCUUUGUUCGCCCCAACCACGUGGUCCGUGUAUUUUCGAACGCUAGCCGGAGACUCGCGCACCAAUAACUUUGCGGAAGCUGCUCACCGCCGGCUUCAGACGGAGUUCGGCGUUCGUCAUCCCAAUCUGUGGCGCUUCACAAACGGGCUCCGAAAGGUGCAGAGUCAUCGUGACAUGAUGCUUGCAAGAUUUGAGAGUGGGAACGAGGCUGCCGCGAAACGCAAAAAGUCCGCUGAUUUGGAUAAGAAAAUAGUAGCGCUGGUGAGCACUUUCCACACACGGACGCUUGUGGAAUACCUACGAGGUUGUGCAGCAAGUUUCCAAAUGGAACCGUGA